UCGCCGCCCAACUUUUGUGUAUCACGUAAAAAUACCAUAACAUCACAUCAUGACCGAAACAAAGCUUCAGAAAACACUGUUCGUAAAGCAGCUCGCUGCGAAUGAUCGACCCACCCGUGAUCGAGCAGUCGCAUCAUUACGGACAUACCUAUCCUCCCGUCGAAGCUUCACCAAGAUUGAGUUCCUAAAGCUUUGGAAAGGGCUAUUCUACUGCAUGUGGUUGUCAGAUAGACCGAGGACCCAGCAACGCCUUGUGCUAGACCUGGCGGGAUUACUGGACUCCAUGGAAACCAAGAAUGCGGGUCUAUUCCUGGAAGCUUUCUGGAAUACCAUUGCCAGGGAAUGGAAUGGCGUGGAUGUUCUUCGUAUGGAUAAGUUCCUCCUCCUGGUGAGGGGCUAUCUUGCCUCGAGCUUUAGAUAUCUACAUGCAAGAGGGUGGGAGAAAGAUCUCGUGGGACGGUUCACGAAUCUGCUUAGGGAGACUCCACUUAGCCCUAAAGACAUGAAAGUUCCCAAUGGACUGCGCUACCACUUGAUAGACAUAUACGUGGACGAGCUGGAGAAACUGAAGCCGGAAGAGAUGAAGAUUCCCUUUCCAAUUGCUACAUUGCUAUCCCCAUUUGAGGAGCUGACGCUUGCUUCGCCGACUAAACUUGUACGCACCAAGUCCAAGGAACUGUUAUGUGAUGGGCGAUUGGCGGAUUGGGGAUACGAUAAGGCUAUAGGCGCCAUCAAGUCCCGGCGAAAAGAAGUAGAGGAGGAGGAUUGCGGCGACGAUGAAGAGAUGGGUGAUGAAGGGGAGGAGUGGUAUGGCAUCGAUGAUUAGGCGCUGUUCUGUAGUGCUAUUGUAUAAUAUUAAUAAACCUUAUGAGGUCUUGUUCCGGG